AUGUCCGAUUUGGCUAGACUUCUCAGAUCCACCAAGCUGGCGCAACUGGCAAAGCCGCUCGGCGAUUUGGAGAAAAACAUCUCUGGCGCGUUCCCAACCCACCAGGUGGUGGAGUCGCUACCAGCGUCGUUCAAGAGAAGAGACUUUGGUCUCAAGAUGCGGAUCCCCACCAAGAUCAAGUCCAAAUACAUCGUGGUGAACAAUCUGGACAACAAGUACAGUCUGCCGGACUUUGAGCCGCUGGGAGGUUUUGCAUUGAAGAAGAAGAAGUUCCAGGAGUUUGGCAUUCCUGUUCAAGUGAGAAAUAGCACGAUAUCGCAGAAGAACGGAUCCAGUCCGCUUCUUCCGGGCUAUAACCCAUUGCAGGACGAGAACUCGAUUGCCCGCGAGCUCGGACUGCUUGUGAAAAGACCUUCCUCGCUCGAGUUCGCCACAAACAAAAGAUACAUCAGAACAUUGAGAAGACCGUUUAUGGAAUGGCUUGCCAAAACGUAUCCCGAAAGAGUCAUGCAAGCAGACCUUUCGAAGGAGAUCGUCGAGUUCUUGAAGAUACACAAGGCCAAGGAGUCGAGUCUCACGGCCAAGAGAUCGAAAUUCUCCAACCUGUACCGCAACCAGUUCUCAGGAACUGCUGGCUUGUCGUACAACCUGAAAGGCCGUCUUUUCCAAAGCCCCAACGGCGUCCUUGCCAACAAGGUGCUUCCGGGAAGAUACAUCAGUGCGCGUUCCACCGGCAGUCGGUUUGCCCUGGGUGGAUUUGUUGGAAAUUCGGUCACUUCCGGACUGCAUGUCAAGUACUUGAACAAACUUGCCGACGUUCGUCGUCCUUUGGACGCUCAAGGAAGAUACGCCAGAGAGUUUACUGUUCCCUUGAUUCCAAAGGCUGCGCAUAUCAACCUGAUCAAGAAGAAGCUCAGUUUCGAGGUCGAGCCCGUCAGAGACCACGAAGCUCCAAAGAAAGGUGGCUUCAACACCAUGAAACGGUACUCGCCAAAGGCCCCUCUCGGCGGCUCCGACAAGAACCAGCUUGUUCUGUCGUCGCUGCUCGGUCUGCUAGAGACCGUGGGCAAGAAAUAG